AUUGCAGAAUGUCUGAUGGCGGAGAGAGUUUGGAAGAGCAGGGGUUGGGGGCUAAAGCCGAGGCCGGCGGAACAGAAGAAGAGCAAGAGCUGGCAACUAAAACUCUGCAUAUACAAUCGAAACGAUUCUAUCUAGAUGUCAAGCAGAAUAAGAGGGGACGAUUCAUCAAGAUUGCAGAGAUGAUGUUAUCUGGAGAGAAAGCAUCUCGACUAAACCGAAAGAAUAGGCUUUUACUCCCAAUGUCUACGGCCGGUGAAUUUCGGGACCACUUGACAGAGUUUAUUGAAAUCUACAGUUCUUUAGGACCAGCUAACGCUAAUGCAAGUGGAACGGAAGAUGUAAAGAUUAAAAGUGAGUCCAUGAUUAAGGAUAAUCGCCGGUACUAUUUGGAUUUAAAAGAGAACGCUAGAGGUCGAUUCCUAAGAGUUUCGCAAACUGUUCCUAUAUCGAACUUUAGAUCUCAAAUUGCAAUCCCGGCUCAAGGUAUGGUCGAAUUUCGAGAUAGUCUGACUGAUCUUCUGAAAGAAUUUGGAACUGAUGAUAUGGAGAGCAAAAAUGGAAAAGAAGCUGAUCUUCCCCAAGCUCGUCAAAUUAGAGCGGAUAACAAGAUGUUCUACUUUGACGUUGGUCAGAACAAGCGUGGUACUUUUAUGCGUAUUUCUGAAGUUCGACGAAAUUUGAGAACAGCUAUAACGAUCCCAGAAUCAAGUUGGGAGAGUUUUCGGGAUGUUUUAAAUGAUUUUCUGGAAAAUAAGCCGAAUACUACUAGUACUACUACUAAUAAUCAAGAAGGUGAAGCUUCGUCAUCCUGAUCCGUCCACUACAAUUGGAAAAAAAGGAAAAAAGAGAAGAUAAGAAACAUUAAUAUAUACAUUAUUUUAAAAUAUGAAAAAAUGGAAAUUUAAAGAAAAUGAAAACCUAGCAAAAAAAAAGGAAAAUAACUAUAAAAUAUGAAAUAUUUUGCAUCCUGCAGUGAAGUUCAAAUUAGAAUUUUGCUUGGAGUAGGACGGAAAAAAUUUGUUUUUAGCUGAUAGAAAUGUUCUCACUUUUCGUGUUUGGGUCUUUUAGUUUUUAAUACACACAACUUCCUGCA